AUGUUAGCAGUGGAUAUACAGUCACUAAUGCAAAUGGGAGGCUUUAGACUAACGAAGUGGAUCAGCAACAACAGACAAGUACUCGAUACUAUUCCUGAAUCAGAACGUGCACAUACGGUUGUUAGCCUCGACCCUGAUGAUAUUCUUCUUUGCGAACGCGCAUUAGGUGUUAAUUGGAAAGUCAACAACUAUGAAAUAACAUUCAAAAUCAAGAUAGCAGAUAAGCCUCUGAUGAGACGUGGAAUUCUGUCCAUAGUCAUUGCGAUAUUUGAUCCUCUUGGACUUGUAGCAACAGUGACGUUACGAGCGAAAGUUAUCGUCCAGGAUCCUUGCAGGAAGAAGUUAGGUUGGGACGGCGUAAUACCGCAGAAGGAGCACAAAGAUUGGCAACGAUAG